AUGAUCAACUCAACUUUGUUCAGCAAACCUAAAUAGAGAUAAAUCUAUUUAAUUUAUGCAUCCCGUAAUCAUACUCAACCGAAAUCCACUCCACGCACUCAUCUUAAAUUACCUAACUGCUCUCCUAGAAUUAAUGAUAAUAAAUCAAAAAAAACCAAUAGCUUUUAUAUUCAUAAAAUGCAGAGAUCACAAUAACAGAGUCCUGUUGUUAGAUAACCAAUUCGAAACAGAGAUUCAAGUGAAAGUUUCAUGAGGGAUUUAGAAUUAUCUGGCAAUGAAGAUUUGAAAGACAUUAACAAGAGUCUGUUAUUGACUUCACAAGAGAUCAACAAGAAGAUGCAAUUUAAUAUCGAAUCAUAUUUAAAUAAUACUCUAAAAUCAAAAAGGAUCAAUCAAAACCUUAAUAAUAUGAUUGAUUUUGAUUUGACCCAAGAUAAUAAUUCAAUUCACUCCUUUGAGUUCUCGAGAAGUCGCAGAGAAACUCCUCUUCAACCAAUUAGGGUUUAUUAUAAAAAGUGA